CUGGGGUUUGCCCUUUCCCUUUAUUUCUUCGUCGUCGCUGGUCUCCUUCGUCGCUGUUCGACUUCGCUCCUCGAAGACGUUCCCUUCCUGUUGGAUCGGAAGUUACGACAUUUUGUUCGGAAGCAACGACGGGAGCUUGUUCGCUGUGAAGGCCGUUUGGCUGGAUUUCGCUCAAUCCGCCUCAAAUCCGGUAUAAAUCCUGCUACAAACAGCCCUUAAAGAAGUGCUUGAGUUUCCUGAAUUUUGCACCUGCACUGAAACUUUUCCUCCUCAUCUAUGUUGAGGAGGAACAUUAGGUUGAGAAGAGAGUAUCUCUAUCGGAAGAGUUUAGAGGGCAAGGAACGUGAGUACUAUGAGAAGAAGCGAAAGAUUAGGGAAGCCCUCGAAGAGGGAAAGCCAAUACCAACUGAGCUUAGGAAUGAGGAGGCAGCACUUCGGCAAGAGAUUGAUCUUGAGGAUGAACAGACUGCAGUUCCAAGGUCUCUCAUUGAUGAUGAGUAUGCUAAUGCAACCGUAAAGGAUCCUAAAAUAUUGUUAACCACUUCUCGCAAUCCAAGUGCUCCUCUUACCCAAUUUGUUAAGGAGCUAAAGAUUGUUUUCCCAAAUGCAACAAGGAUGAAUCGUGGUGGCCAGGUUAUCAAAGAAAUAGUUGAAGUUUGCCGCGCACAUGAUUUCACUGAUGUGAUCCUAUUACAUGAACAUCGUGGUGAACCCGACGGUUUGAUUGUCUGCCAUUUGCCUUUUGGUCCAACUGCUUAUUUUGAAUUGCUAAAUGUGGUCACAAGGCAUGAUAUUAAAGAUAAGCAGGCUAUAGGGACCAUGUCCGAGGCUUAUCCCCAUCUAAUUCUAGAUAACUUCACAACCAAGCUUGGACAAAGAACAGCAAACAUUCUUAAGCAUCUCUUUCCAGUACCUAAGCCAGACACCAAGCGCAUAAUUACUCUUGCUAAUCGGUCUGAUUACAUUUCAUUCAGACACCACGUCUACGAGAAACGAGGUGGCCCCAAAUCAGUUGAGUUGAAGGAGGUUGGUCCUCGCUUUGAGCUUAGGCUUUUCCAGAUCAAGCUGGGGACGGUUGAUCAAAGUGAAGCUCAGAAUGAGUGGGUUAUAAGACCAUACAUGAACACUGCAAAGAAGCGGAAUUUGCUUGGAAAUUGAAGAAAUAUGGCAGCUUUGCUGUUCUUCGUUUUUGCAUUUUUCUAGAAUUUUCAUUAGGAUUUCUUGCGUUACAUUGUUCCUAAUGUGCACUGUGAUGGAAAAAGAUCACUUGAGUUGCUUCAUCUACAAUGUUAACUAUUAAAAAUUUUCAGCUUUCAAUACAAUGCACUAAUUUCUAAUAACGUUGCAUUGUACUUUCAUUGAGAAUCAAAUCAAAUAUAUAUUUUUUCAAUA